AUGCACAAGCCUGAAGAACAAGUUGGCUUGUUGCAUGCACAUACGAAAGACGACCGAUCGCAAGGCAGCGAAGACCAAGAAAACGACUUGAAACCACGCUGGAGCGACAAGCACGACGUCUCACACCAUCACAUUCAUCGGUGGCCAUGGAUCAGGCCCGUCACCGUCGUUUCGCUUCUUAUAUGCACAGUCAUAGCCCUGGUGUAUCGGGGUCUGACCAGCAGUCGGAAUAUUUCAUCACCCUCCCUUGAUGUUCGUCUUGCAAGACUUCGACCGGAAGAAGACUACAUUCUCUCUUCAUCAUGGGAUUUCAACGCAGCACCUACGACCCGAGAGUAUACAUGGGUAGUAUCCGACCAUAUUCUCAACCCAGAUGGCGUUUACCGACCCAUGAUACUCAUUAACGGCACCUUUCCCGGACCGCUUAUCGAGUGUAACGAAGGCGACGAGCUUGUUGUUCAUGUUCAGAACCAAGCCAUCAACGCUACCUCUAUUCACUGGCACGGUCUCUACCAAAAUGGCACAAACUGGAUGGACGGGACGGUGGGAAUAACGCAAUGUCCCAUUGCUCCAGGCCACUCGUUUACAUACCGGUUCAACGUAUCAGGGCAGACAGGAACGUACUGGUAUCAUUCGCACGUCAGUAUGCAGGCGUCAGAUGGUUUGGUGGGACCUCUUAUCAUUCAUGCCAGGGGCGGAGAAGAGAACGAUAAAUUGCAAAAAGUACCAUACGAGCAAGACCGCGUAGUCCUGGUAUCCGACUACUACUACGACCUCUCUUCCGACCUACUUAUGCAGUACCUCGCCCCGGGUAGCGAAAACGACGAACCCGUUCCGCCAUCCGCCUUGAUCAAUGGAAGAAACAUGCGAGACUGCGCCGACUUGCCGAAUCGAAACUGCUCUUCUUCUGGCAUCAGUAAUGCCUUGUUCAAUCUAUCUCGUAGCAGCAACACGCGACUUCGCAUUAUCAACGUCGGAGCUUUCGCAGAGUUUGCUUUGCAAAUCGACGAACAUGAGUUUCAAGUUACAGAAGUAGAUGGCACGGAUGUGCAUCCCCAGUCUAUUCAUCGGCUAAACAUCAAUCCGGCGCAACGUUAUAGUAUCGUCGUCACUCCGCCAAGUGAGCAGGACAACCAGGGGAUGUACUGGAUGCGUGCGAGAAUGAUAACACAUUGCUUUGCGUACGAAGAGCCAGAGUUACAAGAAGAAGUCAGGGCAGUACUAUACUACCCUACUUCGGACGACAACACGAAAGAUCUCAUCCCAACGAGUAAAGACUGGCCCGAAAUCAUCGACGUAGAAUGUCGAGAUCUGAACACAUCCACCCUGGACCCCGUCAUCGCAAUACCAGCCCCAGAAAUCGACCUCCAACACGCCCUCUACCUACGCUCUUCGUUCCAAAUCCGCGACUGGAGGCUCUCGCGCGGGUAUCUGAAUGAUAGCUCCUUCCGCAUCAAUGCUACAUCACCGCUUCUAAACACUUUGCUCUCAGCCCUGACUUCCACGACGAAUACCCACGAAGGCAUCCUAGAAACAAGCCCCUUCGACCCACUCCACCAACUCACAUACCAAACCCACACCACCCGUACCAUAACCCUGCUCAUCCAAAACCUCGACGACGGAACCCACCCCUUCCACCUGCACGGCUACAAAUUCUUCGUCUUGGCCCAGGGAUACGGGUAUCCGCCUUCCCGCCUCCUCGACCCUGAUCACACUGAGGACUACUUGAAUCUGACGAAUCCGCUACGGAGGGAUACGGCGAGUGUAGAGGCGUAUGGAUGGUUGUUAAUAAGCUUUGUGGCGGAUAAUCCGGGGGUGUGGAUCUUUCAUUGCCACCUUGGAUGGCAUGCUGAGGCGGGGUUGGGGAUGGUGUUUGCGACGCGGGUGGAGGGGAUGGAGGCGUGGGAGGUGCCGGGGGAGGUUGGGGGGUUGUGUGGGGUGGAAGGGGUGGAGAGGGGGAUGGGGCCUGAUGAUGGGGUUUGGGUUGGUGGGAGGGAGGAGGAUGGGAGGGAUGAGGGGGAUAUACGGUUGUAG